AUGUUAGGAUCAAUGGGAUUUUUAUUAUUCUGUAUCUACUUUGUUGUUGAUGGCUUUUAAGGUCAAGUUUUCCCAUUAGAUAAUUUUUAGUUCAGAUUUAUUUAAUGGAUUGAUUGUAAAACUAAAGAAUAGGUUGGAUUAGUAAAUGUACAAGGAGAAUUGUAAAUAAGCCUUCUAGAGGGAUAGGGGAUUUGUUUAGACCAAAAUUACUAAUUACCUUUGGAUGAAGACUCUGCAUACAAAUAUACAUUUAUUUUUAAUCGAUCUCUAAAUAAUGAUUCAUUGUUUAUUUUCAUAGAUUACAAGAUGUACGAUUUGAGUAAAUAAUUAACUUCUUCGCCUGUAAUAUAAAUUCAGCAUUAUCAUUUUUUAACAUGUAAGAAUUCAAUUGAGUUUUGGUUAAAUUCAACUGCAUCAUUAAAUUUAAUUUUGUUUUUUAUCACGAAAGUUUAAACAACUACUAAAGAUCAAAUACUGCUUGCAGGAUCACUUCCUUAGUUAGAAAAUGAAAAUAAAUUUUACUUUGAUUUCUCAUCAACCUUUGAACUGAUACUCUAGAAUCAAACUUUAUAAUAUAAGGCAAAAUUACAAAAAUCCUAUAAUGAAUAGUCUGCGUUAUAUUGGUUUAGAUUAUAUUAAAAUAAGUACCUUUUACCAUUAUAAAUAUCAUAAAUAGAUACAAAUAAUAUUCUAAUAUAAGGAAGCAGACAGAUAGUGGAUAGUAGUGAUAUUAAAUUAAAUAAUUUGCCCUUUUUAAUAAAAACCUAAUACCAAAUAACAUAGAUUAAUUUGAUAUCUUAACAUUUGCAAAAUCUAGAAUUUGAAGCUAUUAUUUAGAUUGAUAAUACUUUUUCAUAAUUAAAUAGAAAUGAUAUACUAUUGAAAUAAAAGUUUAAGCCUAUAAAUUAAGUUAGAAUGCAAGUAGAUGUUAAUUAGAAUAUUAAUAAUACUCUUGCUGUAAUAGAAGUGUUGCCGAAGGGUUAUGAAUGUGUUCAAAAUAUCAAUAUAAGUGAAGCAAAAAUUACGAUAAAAAAUGAAUAACAGGAAAUAGUGUUAGAGUGCUAUUUAAUUGAGAGUGAUAAAAAUAAGAGUUGUGUGGGAUAUGAUGAAAGAUAUUGUAUAUUUUAUGUAGAAUGGAAGUUUGAGAACAAUAUUUAAUAUUCUUAUGAAUUGAGUGCAACGUUAGAGAAGAAUAAUUAAUAGGAUCCAUUUGUUUAUUUUCAAACAGACCUUGAGUAUUUCCCAAUGAUUAAUGAUGAAGGAGAGGAUUUCGGAGGAUACUGGGUUGGAUACAUUCUUUUAAUCAAUUUACUGUUACCAAUCUUAAUGUUCUUAUUUUGUGUCUUUUGCGUACUAUCAUUAAAUGUCUAUCACCCAUAUAUAAUGUACAUAAUAGAAUUGGAUGAAAUUUACUUCAAAUCUAAAAAAAGACAAUAGUAAGAAUCAUAACAAUCGAUGUAAUAGGACUAAUCAAGUUACGAGGGAGGAAAACUAAUUUAAUAAAACUCAAGCUGA